UAGCUGUCGUGUCUUUUUGUGAGUCGACUGACGAUGUUUGUGCACAAGGUGCUUAUGUUCUACUUGUUCUUCAUCUCGCUGAAUGUGUGUAUUAUGCUGAAGUUGGAUGGACCUACUGAGUGGAGCUGGUUCCUAGUUCUCACCCCCAUGUGGCUACUCGACUUCCUCCUUCUCAUUCUAUCCCUCACUCAAAUUCUACUGUCGACAGUACCAGUUUUACAGUCAUACGCCACGAAUUCCAGUAGUUCAAGUGGAGGUGACGUGAUUCUAUCCAAGUAUAGAGCAGUGUGGUUCCUCUGUUUCGUCCUCUGCAAAAUAUCCUUCCAAGUACUCCUCUGUCUCUCAACCGACAAUCUAAUGUCAUAUAUGCCCGCAGCUGCUAUCAUGGCCCCUCUAUGGAUUGUGUUCAUUGGGGUGUGUGUUGACUUGGGCUACUCCAGUUGGUGUGUUGUGAGUCCCGCAGUGCAGGAGUUUGUGGAUGAGAAGAAAAGCCAGCGGGAGUUCAAGAGAACCAAACAACAAGGUCAAAGUAAUAAAGAGGACAAUAACACUGCUUCAAGUGAAGCUCAGCUUCAGCAGCAGACAUCCAACUCCUCAACAAGUGGAGGCAAACGGAAGGUGGUGUCUCGACUAGCAAGUAGAGAGGGCAAUGCUGCGACUCCCACGUCGGGUGGGGCCAAUCAGCAGACACCGAGUGAAAACAAUUUAGUCGACUAUUUAGUUCAAAACUCUUCCUCGUCCUCUAGUGGUCGAAUGCUCAGACUGAGACUAACCAACCUCAACACGAACAACAACAACAGUGAAGCUGAACAAUGCAGAUCAGAAGAGUCAACGAUUUUGACCUCAACUUCAGUUGCGUCAUCAAGUCGAAUUUGAUUUGAUGCUAUCUAGUUGUGAUUAUUUUCAAAUCGUAGAAACUGAUUUCACGCAGUUAUAUCUUAUUGGUUAUUUGAGUUUUGUUAAAAACUUAGAUGUUAGUCAAGUUUUAUCAGUCUUUCGAGCUUAUAUUAACUAUAUUCAGUCGAAGAAUAGUUGAAAGCACUUAACUGUAACUGUAACCUGCAUUCGGCCAGGAUACAAUCAGUGGUUCGCUUGGGCUAAUAUAUUGGAUACAGGCGUGGAGUCCUAUCAGGGGUUUAUCUCACCGGUAAAAGUACAGUUUUGACUUUCAUACGGCCAGGAUAUUGAAUCAAUAUGCUGGUGCUUUAUUUAGAGUCGAUGAACGUAGUGAAUACUCUUAUAUAGGUAGGUCGUAAUGGUUUUUUUCUCUCAGCAAAAGUUCAGUAAAUUCAAUCAAAUUUGAUUUUUUGCUGCUUAA